AUGGCUGUCUUGACCUUGGAAGGUGGAGAAAAUGAGUAUAACAGGGCGAUAAAAGGCAACUAUUCGCGGUUGGAAGCUUUUCGAAUCAUACAGGAGUGCCUAGCGCCAGAAUAUACUGUUACCAUCGAGCAAACUGCCCAAGCACUUCAUGAACUGCUCCCACCACCAGAUGACCCUACUUACCCCGGCGGAGCUGACUUGUUCGGAGACCUUAUACUUGAGUUAUCUCAGCAGGUGGAAUACGAUAAUGUUGCUCAAGACCGUUAUGUGCAGGUGAUUCAAAGACUGCAAGACUCGGACCGCGUGAAAAAAUACAUUCCACAACCUGAAGGUGUCGUUUACCAGGGAUACGGUCGCUAUGAAAUUAUGCCACAAUUGAUGAGAAAUUUAGGGCAAUAUUCGGCGCAACGAAUGGACAGGAAUGGAAACCGAAAUUACUUUGUUAACGUUCGGGCCUUUAUAGCGCGCCUUUGCAGAGUGGGAGCUUUGCAAGGUCAGGCUUGGUUAGUCAACGAAAUGAAGGAUGCCUUCGAAGAAACACUGCCAGAACAGUUCCACGUCGUAUCCAUCAUGGGUGCUGCAGUUAUUAUCGAGUUUGCUGGGGGUUGGCUGUAUGAGGAGGUCGUUCGAGCACCUAAGCUUGACGAAAUAAACGACAACCCAUUGUGGGCAACUGGUUAUUACUACAAUGGUCCUCGGUAUGGCAUCGCGAGGUGGAAUCACUGGCAAAGGCUAUUUCGGUGGGCGGAACAGACAAUGCCACUCGAUCGGGAGAGUAAACGGCUUAUAUUCUAUGCCGAGUGGUAUAUGCAUGGAAUGUCGAGGUCCCUUCAGCCUUACUAG